AUGGUGCACAGGAUGCAGGGGGGCACUCUGAGUGGGUGGGGGGAACAGGGGUCUAACACAAGAGGUGAUGAAGUGAAUGAAGAAGGAUUAUGGGGGGAUUUAGGUGAUCAUGGUCUGGGUACCAGUGCUCAGGGUAAGGACCAGUUUACUGCCCCAUGGGUGGGGGCACAUGUAGGGGCUGUGAAGGACCACAGUGAUGGAGCUGGCACUAGAGAGGGGCAUUGGGGGGCUAGGGACCAGGUAGUAGAUAAAGAGUCCUGGGGGGGAAAUCUGGUGGGGAGGGAUGGGGGUGACUGGGAUGAGGAUGCUGAUUCCCUGUACGAGGGAGCUGGGAGUUGGAGUUCUUUGGGUGACAGUGCUAGAUACUCUUUGGGUUCUGCUGGUAGUGAUAGAAGUGAUCAGGAUGGAGGUGCUGGGAGUGGUGUUAAUGAUAACUGGGGUGAUGGGGUUGAGAGUGGGGGUCAGUAUGGGGGUGACAGAGGCAGUCAGUUUCUAGGUGCAGAUGCUCCCCCCAUUGAUGAUCACAGGAGCCCUCUGCACAGGGGAGCCAGGAGGGUGCGGGACGCAGAGGGGCGCCGGGCAGGUGACCCGGAUCGGGUGAGCCGGUUCAGAGUGGAAGAGCUGAAACUGAGCAGCAGCACAUUCUCACUGAGUGGAGACUCGGCUCACAAUCAAGCCAUGGUGCACUGGUCGGGACACAACAGCAGUGUGAUUCUAAUCCUGACAAAGUUGUACGAUUAUAACUUGGGAAGCAUUACAGAGAGCUCGCUAUGGAGGUCCACAGAUUAUGGGACAACGUACGAGAAGCUAAAUGAGAAAGUGGGAUUGAAGACAAUCCUAAGCUAUCUUUAUGUCUGCCCUACAAAUAAACGCAAGAUCAUGCUGUUGACGGAUCCAGAGAUCGAGAGCAGCUUAAUGAUCAGCUCAGAUGAAGGAGCCACUUACCAGAAAUAUAGGCUGAAUUUUUAUAUACAAAGUCUCCUCUUUCACCCCAAACAGGAGGAUUGGAUUCUUGCCUACAGUCAAGAUCAAAAGCUGUUCAGCUCUUCAGAAUUUGGCAGGCGUUGGCUCCUUCUCAGUGAGACUGUUGCACCCAACAGAUUUUAUUGGACUGUGACUAUUUCUAAUCGAGAUGCUGAUCUGGUGCACCUGGAGACCAAGACCCUAGAAGGACAUUCCCAAUAUAUAGUUUGUCGAAUGCACAAUUGUUCAGAGACAGUGAGGACCAAGCCUUUCCCAGGAAAUAUUGACACCAACUCUCUCAUUGUCCAAGAUGAGUAUGUCUUUGUUCAGUUAACAUCAGGAGGUCGGCCACACUACUAUGUGUCCUACAAGAGAGAACCAUUUGCACAGAUGAAAUUGCCAAAGUAUGCUUUGCCAAAGGACAUGCAUGUUAUCAGCACUGAUGAAAAUCAAGUGUUUGUUGCCAUUCAAGAGUGGAAUCAGAAUGAAACGUAUAACCUUUAUAUCUCGGAUACACGGGGGAUAUUCUUUACCCUGGCUCUGGAGAAUGUGAAGAGCAGCAGAGGACCUGAGGGCAACAUAAUGAUUGACCUCUACGAGGUAGCAGGGAUCAAGGGAAUGUUCUUAGCUAACAAGAAGACUGACAGCCAAGUGAAAACUUUCAUCACGUACAAUAAAGGGAGAGACUGGCAUCUGCUACAGGCUCCUGACAGUGAUCUGAGAGGGAACUCCGUCAACUGCCUACUACCAUACUGCUCCCUACACCUUCACUUAAAGGUCUCAGAGAACCCAUAUACGACAGGCAACAUAGCAAGCAGAGACACUGCGCCUGGGAUCAUUGUGGCUUCAGGGAAUAUUGGGUCUGAACUGACAGAAACUGAGCUGAGUAUGUUCAUAUCAUCCGAUGCUGGCAACACUUGGAGACAGAUUUUUGAAGAGGAGCACAGUGUUUUGUACCUGGACCAAGGUGGUGUACUGGUUGCCAUGAAACAUACCUCUCUACCAAUUCGACACUUAUGGCUAAGUUUUGAUGAAGGUAGAUCAUGGAGUAAAUAUACUUUCACAUCAAACCCCCUGUUUGUGGAUGGUGUUCUUGGAGAACCAGGAGAAGAGACGCUAAUUAUGACAGUCUUUGGGCAUUUCGGUCACCGGUCAGAGUGGCAACUAGUUAAAGUGGACUACAAGUCAAUAUUUGAUAGACGGUGUACCCCAGAAGAUUACCUUCCUUGGCAACUUCAUAGUCAGGGACAAGCAUGUAUAAUGGGAGCAAAACGAACGUACAAGAAACGAAGAUCAGAGCGUAAAUGUAUGCAGGGAAAAUAUGCAGGCGCAAUGUCUUCGGAACCCUGUGUAUGCACGGAGGCUGACUUUGAGUGUGAUUAUGGUUAUGAGCGUCACAGUAAUGGGCAAUGUUUACCUGCAUUUUGGUACAACCCAUCUUCUUUAUCGAAGGACUGCAGCCUUGGCCAGAGUUACCUGAAUAGCACUGGUUACCGAAAGGUAGUAUCCAAUAACUGUACCGAUGGGGUGAGAGAGCGGUAUACAGCUAAGCCUCAGCAAUGUCCUGGCAAAGCUCCCCACGGCCUUCGCAUCACCACGGUGGAUGGAAAAUUAAUGGCAGAACAAGGACACAAUGUUACAUUUACAUUACAACUGGAGGAGGGUGAUAUCCAAAGGACUAACAUUCAAGUGGAUUUUGGAGAUGGAAUAGCAGCUUCGUAUGCCAAUCUCAGUGCCACGGAAGAUGGCAUUAAACAUGUCUACCAGAAUGUUGGAAUCUUUCGAGUGUUGAUUCAAGUGGAUAACAACCUCGGAUCUGAUAGUGCAACACUCUACUUGCACAUCACAUCACCUCUGGAACAUAUACAUCUAGUUCUGCCUUUUGUGACCACCAAGAAUAAGGAGGUGAAUGCUUCAGUGAUCCUGUGGCCAAGUCACGUGGGAACCGUUACUUAUGUCUGGUGGCUUGGAAACAAUAGUGAGCCCCUUAUCUCAUUGGAUGGAAGCAUUUCGUUCACAUUUGCCGCCGAAGGAAUGAAUAGCAUAACUGUACAAGUCACUGCUGGGAAUACAAUUCUCCAAGACACAAAAACUAUUGCUGUAUAUGAGCAAUUUCAAUCUCUACGCCUGUCUUUCUCACCAAACCUGGACGAAUACAAUCCCGAUAUCCCAGAGUGGAGAAGAGACAUCAGUCGAGUGAUUAAAAGAGCCCUCAUGUAUGCCACUGGAGUGAACAGCAAACAGAUUCUGGUAGCUGUCCUUCCUGGUCUACCUACGUCUGCUGACCUCUUCAUUCUGCCGUACCAGGAAAGCCCGGGGGGAAGUAAGAAGAAGUCAGAAGAUUUGGGGCAGAUUUGUGACCUAUUCAUCAACAAGCUCAACCAAGACAUGGUCCAUUUUGAGCUAAAACCAGGGGUCCGAAUUCUUGUCCAUGCAGCACAUUUAACAGCAGCCCCUCUGGUGGACCUGACUCCGAGUCACAGUGGCUCUGCAAUGCUGAUGCUCUUAUCGGUGGUCUUUGUGGGACUGGCAGUCUUUGUCAUCUAUAAGUUUAAAAGGAAAAUUCCUGGAAUUAAUGUUUAUGCACAGAUGCAGAAUGAGAAAGACCGAGCGAUGGUCAGUCCAGGCACUCAAAGUGAAACAAUGUCACCCAUACUCACUCACAUUCAGCCGGUGGGUCCUGAGCAGCUGUUAGAGGGCAAGGUGGAAACACAGCCUAUAGGAAGUAUUUCCACAGUUGCUGAAAACCAGAGCACAAACGAGAAUCCAACCUAUGUAAAUGUUUGAACCGAAGACGUCCUGCUGUUUGAACUCUUCUAAAAAUUAUGGUUUAUAGCUUUAAACCUGUUCAAGAGGACGCACCGGAAUAUGUACAGGUUCUAUAUUUUAAGGGACAAGUCUACCUUCUUUUCAAUUCACUUGUGUUUGUAAACAAUGAAUUUCCUGAAACAAUAAUUUGCAUGUUAUGAUCCCCAACUCCAGCCGAGGGGUGCCGGAGCAAUAUUCUCUGGCCCCCAUGUGGUAAAUUAGUUAAUUAUUCUUGGCAAUACUGCAGGUUGAGCUUCUCUGGUAGUUUAACCCCUUUAGUGCCAAAGCAGAGAGAGCUCAGACCAAAUGACGCUUUAGGGGUUAAAACAAAUAACAAGUUCAUUGGGCGGUUUAACACAUUCCCUGCUGUAUAGACGUGCAACAAGAAAAGGAUUAAACAGAACAUACUGUUUAAAUUAACCUUUUGCCGGGGCAAGGGGGGAGGGCAGGAAAAAAUGCUUGUACAUAAUCCUUUGUAAGAAAAUGUAUAAAUCAUUAAAAAGAUUCAUUGUAUCUGGUCAAAAUGGACAUCAAUUACUACAUCGCAGACAAUAGACCUUGCGGACAAUGUCAAUGCAUUUUCUUCCACGCAUUCAAUAUGUUCCUCACAGUACUACAAGCGAGGGUUACACACUUUUUCUGACACUUAAAGGAUCACUAAUCUAUGGUAAUUUGUGGCAGGACGUAAAAUGUUACAGUCACAAGCUUAGCACCAUGUGAUCGAUACCAUGUCAGCUGCGACAUGAACCAUACCGAAAAUCAGGAA